GUGUGUGUGUGUGUGUGUGUGUGUUCUGAUGUUACACCAUGGCUGUAAUGCAUGUCUGUGUCUGAUUUCAGAUGUCUCUGGUGGAUUUGGGGAAGAAGCUCCUGGAAGCCGCUCGGGCCGGUCAGGACGACAAGGUCCGGAUUCUGAUGGCGAAUGGAGCUCCGUUCACCACUGUGAGACUGGGCACGUCUCCGCUGCACCUGUCAGCUCAGUUCGGUCAUUACUCCACCACAGAGGUGCUUCUGCGCGCCGGCGUGAGUCGAGACGCUCGCACUAAAGUGGACCGGACGCCGCUGCACAUGGCCGCGUCUCAGGGUCACACACGCAUCGUGGAGCUGCUGCUGAAGCACGGCGCCGACGUGAACGCCAAGGACAUGUUGAAGAUGAGCGCGCUGCACUGGGCCGUGGAGCACAGCCACAGAGACGUGCUGGAGCUGCUGCUGCGCUUCGGAGCUGAUGUUCACGCGCAGAGCAAGUUCUGCAAAAACGCACUGGACAUCGCGCUGGACAACAGCAGCCACGAGCUGGCCGAGAUCCUGCAGGUGGCGAUGCAGAACCAGAUCAACACAAACCCAGAGAGUCCGGACACACUGACCAUCCACACGGCCGCGCCGCGGUUCAUCAUCGGCCCGGGAGGAGUGGUGAACCUCGCCGGACUCGUGUCGCCCGCCAGCAGCAGCAAACCCACAGUGGUGGCCGCAGAGGAGCUGAUCACCGCAGACUCCGUCGACGGGGCCAUACAGCAGGUCAUGAGCUCUGGAGGUCAGCAGGUCAUCACCAUAGUAACAGACGGCAUUCAGCUGGGCAACCUGCAGACGGGCACAGGCAUCAGCCAGCCCAUAAUAGUCACCAUGCCUGACGGGCAGCAGGUGCUUACGGUGUCGGACACAGAGGUGGCAGAGGAGACGGUGAUCAGCGAGGAGCCGUGUGUUAAGCGCCAGCGUCUGAAGGAGGAAGACGACGAUCUGAUGACAGAAACACAAGACGCUCAGAUCCAGCAGACGCUCUCGCUGGAGGACUUCCAGGAGAAGGUGGCUCUUCUGAAGCAGCUGGAGGAGGCGAACCGCGAGGCACAGAAAUACAGACAGCAGUUCCUGAAGAAGGAGCAGGAGGCGGAGGCGUACAGACAGAAGCUGGAGGCCAUCACACGGCAGAGCGUGAAGAAAGCAGCGUGAAAACACGCCGUCAGCUUCUGUGACUGGAUCCUUAUCAUUCAUUUCCUUCAGUUCUCCUCAUAAAGCGCCUCAGCUGUGGUGCUCAUGUGGCCGACACGGGUUCGAUUCUGACCCACAUCCCAGCACCCUUCACCAGCCUUUGAAUAAAGAGACAAAAGCCCCUCAAAACCUGAACGAGGAUGGUUAAUUGCGCAGUAAUGUCAGAUUUCUUGAUGUACAGUAAAAAAUCAAAAGUUGAGGCAACCAGCUUCAGGAGAGUUUUGAGAUUUCUCAACUUGUUGUUUUCAGUUUAUACAACAAAAAGUUGAGAAAACUCAAAAAUCUCCUGAAGCUGGUUGCUGGUUGAUUUUUUACAGUGUGUGUUUGAUCUGCAGGCCAUGUUUGAUCGAAUCCUUCAUCAUCAGACUCUGUAAGACUCGUUUUCCUCACUGAUAAUCAGCAUGUUUAUAGUUUCCUCCUGCUCGCUGUUUGUGAUGCAUUUUCCAGGAUUUCUGUCAUAAAGAUUAUUAUUUUUAAAAGACAGCAGUGAUUUGGUUUCUUUGAGGAGGAUCUGAGCGUCUCUCCAGCACCGAUCUGCUGAUUCACAUCUCAAUUCAAGGUUAUUUGUAUAGCGCUUUUCAUGAUACAAAUCAUUGCAAAGCAGCUUUACAGAAAAUUUAAAAAUGUACAGUAAAACUCAAGCAGUUAGUUAAUGACGUGUAAUCAAACCCACGGUGAACACUGUUAACUGCAAUGAUUAUAUGUUGUGAUUACACUUAUAGCUAAAUUUGGUUGUUUUGUAUAUUGUUUGAGGGUUGGCAUCAUCUGAGGUGUCUGUGUAUUGCAUUGUAUUACAGUAUUGGAAAUAUUCUGAGCUCUUCAAACACACAUAUUUCAGAUACGGGUUGUUUUUGGAUUCAUGCCGUAUCAGUGCUGCUCUGAAUCAAAGCGUGUCUUUGUGUAGUUGGUGUGUUGGCGUCGUUGUCUCCGUCAGCAGCAGCUAUAAGAGCGGAUGGAGAUCUGAAGCGGCUCAAACGCGCUGAUCUUCUCUUCCUCUGACAGACGUGAUGCAGACGCAGGAGUACCUGAUGAGAGGCUGCUGAAGUUCCACAGCGUGCCCAGUCUGUCGCAGGUGUGGGCGCAGUGCGGCAUGCAGCAGCUCCACCAGCCCUUCAGACGAGGAUGGGUCACCAGCAGAGCCAGCUGCUUCAACUGCUUCCCUCUGGAGACCAGCCCGCUGCCCACCAAAUAACACACACACACACACAAACACACACACACAAACACACACACACAAACACACU